CGCUGAGGGAGGGGCGUCCGGUGUAUCCACGAAUGGACCUUCCGUCACAAGAUUCUUUCGAGAGAACGCUGCCUGACAAAGAAGAAAAAUAAGAUUGCUCGCAAUGGUACUAGUACGCUACCGGUAUCAUAGAGCAAGAAGGAAAGCGGCCAGAGGGGAGGUUUAAUCUGAGUAUCUGUGUUACCACAUUCACCAUGAGCAACAGCCGAUUUCUGUUCCAGAAUGGUGGUUUCUUUCACCGCCUGGUGGGAGCAAGAGGAUCCGCCAGUGCCACCCUUCCCUCCUCCCACCAUAAUAAGGACCAACAGGAUGCGGCUAGUACCGGUAGUACGAGUGGACAACAACCCUCCUCGUGGCUGCGGAAGAAACCCUCCAAUCUGGGCCUCGUAUUUCAUGAUGCCGCGGCGGCCAAGGAAAUUGCCACAUCCGCCAAAUUGGUCUUUUUUGGAGAGAUCCAUUCGCGUCCGCCAAUUAUCGCCUUUCAACGAAUGGUACAAAAUGCCAUGGCCACAACCAACAGUACGAAUGAUGAGGGAGGAACCUUGCAUGUCGUUAUGGAACACUUUUCCUUUGACAUGCAACCACUCCUAGAGGAUUAUCAAAACGACAAGAUUACCUUUGAGGAAUUGGUGCAACGCUAUGACCAAAUUGGAACGGAACAUCACGAUCUGAUGCCGUAUCAAGACUUGCUGGAAGAUGCCAAGAGGUUACAUCACAAUAAUAACAACAAACAAAAAAGAAGAGUGCAAUUGCAUGCUGGAUUUUUGUCACGAACAUAUGCCCGGCAAUUGAUGAAAGAAGGACCCGAUGUGGCGCUCCAAACUGCUGCACAUUGGCUGCCUACCCAUCCAAAACUGGCGGGAACGGAGGAGCACUACAAUAUUUUUGAAAGUCUCCUGACGGGACGAAAACUAAUGACAUCGAUAACACCCCCCGACGAUCGUUUUCGACCCAUUUUUCAAGCGCAACUUCUCAAGGACGUUGCCAUGGCGCACAAGAUCCAUAAUCUGUUAUUGACAAAGCAGCAAUCGGAAUCGGGCAAUAGUAAACAAAGUGACGACCGAAUACUGGUACUGCUCGGAAAUGGACAUUGUCUGGGAUAUUGUGGCGUCCCAGAACGGGUAUUGGAACAACAUCCAGAGUUGGUGUCGGAGACGUGUGUCAUUGCCAGUCAUCGGUACGAACAAGAAGAAGAAUACGGCAUUGGUGACAAGAACAACGAAUCCAUGUUUCUAAAAGAUCAUAGCAUACGGGGAACGCUCAACUUGGCGGAUUAUGUCUACGUGUACCGAGAAGAGCAAGACGAGGAGGAGCAGCAGCAACCACCAACUACCAAACAAUCAUUCGUCAAGGAAGAAACCCGAAUGGCCUACAACAAGGUCGGUGAAUCAGCUCACAUUCCCGGCAAUGCCGCCAAAGCCAUGGCCAUUAUGAAGGCCAUGCAUUACACAGACCAACAGAUUGCCAUUGCCGGAAACGACGUGUACAAUUUUCAAGGAGUCGGCAAUCCGCAUCGUCAUGCCAACAUUCAACCCGGCGACGUGGUGUUGGAUGUGGGAUCGGGGUUGGGUAUCGAUUCGUUUCUAGCACAGCAUGCCGCUACGCGGACGGGAUUUGUCCUGGGCGUGGACAUUAGCGCCACCCAAGUGCGACACGCCCAAGCGUGUGCCCAACGUCGUGGCUGCCACGAGCGCAUGCGAUUUGUCACGGCCGACAUGGAAUCCAUACCGUUACCAGAUGCAUCCGUUGACGUUGUCAUUUCCAAUGGAGCCUUUUGCUUGGCACCCAACAAGGCACAGGCAUUCCGAGAAGUCUAUCGUGUAUUCAAACCGGGAGGACGCAUCUCCAUUUGCACCACCACCACUCGAGAAGAAAGCAAACUGGAACCGGGCGUGUCGUGGCCCGUGUGUAUGAAGAUGUUUGUGCCCAUGAAGGAUAUUGAACCCAUGUGCCAAACGAUUGGGUUUGUAAAUGUGGGUGUGGAUGACAGUGAUAGCUCCAUGUCCAUGGAACUUCCCGUGGAAGUGAUGGAUGAGAAUCCCAAUUCACCGGGCCAACGAAACAAGGUGCACGCAAAUGCUGCCGAGUUUAUGCAUUUGGAAGAGUAUGACAUGGACGCAAUUUGUGCACGAGUUUGUGUUGUAGCCGAAAAGCCUCACGACGUAGAUUGACAACUAACUGUAGGCCGUAGAGAAACAGAACCUAGUAGCUAGCUUUCUCGCUCGCUGUCAGUUCCAAAUUUGUUUUUUAAUGCAUCCAAAACCUGACA